AUGGAUUCCACAAUGAGUGACAAUCACAUUAGGGAUUUACCUCCUAGGGCCUUAGCCAAGUUUGGACCUGAAUCAACAUGGUGGUCCUUACUCCAGCCAGACAGCCAGGCUCCCGCGUGGCCAGGGUCGUCAGUAUGGGGGGAUCGGAGAUGGAUGGGAUUGGAGCUGAGUCCGAGAGGGCUGGAGGACAGUGAGAAGGAACAAGAGGACUCUGAGAGACAGCAAGAGCCCAAGAAAGAGCUGCAGGAGAAGCAGCAGCAGCAUGAACUGGGGAUCCAGUGUCCCAGGCAGCAGCUGCUGCAGAACUUUUACUGGCCCAGAGUCUGUGAUGCAGUUCAGCAGAACUGCAGGUCCUGCGACCCGGGCCAGAGGGUGGGGAGGGCCUGGGAUAAGAGUGAAGCUCCCUUGAGACCCCUGACCAUCAUAGAGGAGCCUUUCCAGAAGGUGGCUAUGGACAUAGUGGGGUCCCUCAGCAAGGCGACCCGGUUGGGGAAGAAAUACAUCCUGGUGGUGAUGGAUUUCGCCACCCGGUACCCAGAGGCGGUGGCUCUGUCCUCCACCGAGUCCAACGGGCUGGUGGAGAGAUUUUAUGGGACCCUGAGGAUGAUGCUGAGGACUUUGAUGGAUCAGCAUCCGCAGGACUGGGACAAGUACCUGCCCCACUUGCGGUACAGGGAAGUGCCCCAGGAACCCCCAGGGGUCUUCCCUUUCGAGCUGCUGUAUGGGAGGAGAGUGAGGGGACCCCUGGACCUGGGUGACAGGCAGGUGCCUGUGGGCCCAGAUGCCAGGUUGAAAUCUGCCUUCACCACCCCUUUGGGGCUCUUUGAGUUCCUGGUCGUGCCUUUCGAUCUCAAGGGGGCGUCGGCCACCUCCCAGCGCCGGGUGGGUCUGUUACUGAAGGGGAUGGAGAACUUGGCCCUGGCGUACAUUGAUGAUAUCUGUGUCUUUAGCCAGACUUGGGAGGAACACGUGUCCCAGGUGAAGAGGGUGCUGGGCUGCCUCAAGGAGGCAGGACUGAUGGUAAAUGCCAAAAAGUGCAAGGUGGAAAUGAUCAGAGAUUGGCCCGUUCCCCAGACCAAGAAACAAGUCCAGGCCUUUAUCGGGAUGACGGGGUGCUACCGGAGGUUUGUACCUCACGUUAGCCCCCUAGCUGCCCCAUCCCUGAGCUAUGUGAGAGGGCAUCAAAUGAAAGGGGCUGAUGCCGAGCUGCGGGUGACAGAGACACCUGGUCAGAGGAUGGCCAAGGUCAAGAUGGGGGCUCCUAACCAAAAGAGCCCGAAUCACAGCCCUCCAAACUGGAGCACUGGGAAAAGACCCAAUCUCAGUUUAAACCCCAGGGAUCUCACCGAUGAAAUGUACACUGACAUCCUGUGGUGGCUGAGAGACGAAGAGAUAAAGCGCUUCCUGAAAGGAGACUCGGAGGAGGCAGAGCUGGCCCAGUUCCUGAAGGAGUUCCCUUCAGGCGAGAGCUUUAGGAAAGUGGAGCUGGAGGAGGGCAAGAGGGCCCAUGGCCAGGGGCCCGUAGAUCCCGGCGUGUUCUCCAGCGUAGCCCAGCCCAUUGCCGAUGAGCUGCUGGACGAGAAGGAACUGAGGCCCUUCUCCCGGCCUCGGCCCCUGGACUUUCAGCAGCACAUCGCAGCUCCGGCACCACUGAGCCCCUCGCGGCCGAGGAGCCCAUGGGGCAAGCUUGAUCCAUACGACUCUUCUGAGGAUGAUAAGGAGUACGUGGGGUUUGCGACGCUCCCCAAUCAGGUCCAUCGGAAAUCGGUGAAGAAGGGGUUUGACUUCACGCUGAUGGUGGCAGGAGAGUCUGGCCUGGGGAAAUCCACCCUGGUGAACAGCCUCUUCCUCACUGACAUGUACAGGGAUCGCAAACUCCUCAGUGCAGAAGAGCGCAUUACUCAGACGGUGGAGAUCACCAAACACGUGGUGGACAUUGAGGAGAAGGGGAUCAAACUGCGCCUGACCAUCGUGGACACCCCAGGAUUCGGCGACGCCGUGAACAACACGGAAUGCUGGAAACCUGUGGCUGAUUACAUAGAUCAGCAAUUUGAGCAAUAUUUCCGGGAUGAGAGCGGCCUGAACCGGAAGAACAUCCAGGACAACCGCGUGCACUGCUGCCUCUAUUUCAUCUCACCCUUUGGACAUGGCCUUCGUCCCCUGGAUGUGGAAUUCAUGAGAGCUCUCCAUCAGCGGGUGAACAUUGUGCCCAUCCUGGCAAAAGCUGACACCCUGACGCCCUCAGAGGUGGAGCGCAAGAAAAGCAAGAUUCGAGAAGAAAUCGAACAUUACGGGAUCCGGAUCUACCAGUUCCCUGAGUGUGACUCUGAUGAAGAUGAGGAUUUCAAGCUGCAGGACCAGGCAUUGAAGGAGAGCAUCCCUUUCGCUGUGAUCGGCAGCAACACGGUUGUGGAGGCCAAAGGAAGGCGAGUCCGUGGGCGACUGUAUCCCUGGGGCAUCGUGGAAGUGGAGAACCCUGCGCACUGUGACUUUGUGAAGCUGCGCACCAUGCUGGUGAAAACCCACAUGCAGGACCUCAAGGACGUGACACGAGAGACCCACUACGAGAACUACCGGGCACAGUGCAUCCAGAGCAUGACCCGCAUGGUGGUGAAGGAGAGGAACCGCAACAAACUGACGCGGGAAAGCGGGACAGAUUUCCCCAUCCCAGCUAUCCCAGCAGUGCCGGACUCUGAGACGGAGAAACUCAUUCGGGAGAAGGACGAAGAGUUGCGGAGGAUGCAGGAGAUGCUGCAGAAGAUCCAGAGGCAGAUGAAGGACUCCCACUAGCCACCACAUUCCCCUCCAGCUCCCACCCCACUCAAACCAGAAAUGUUUACAUCAAACCCCAGCCAUCAA